AUGCCGAUUAGUCAGAAAGUUCCAACUUGGGCCCUCGCUCCGGCUGUUCUGGCCGUCUUAGCCGUGAUUUCAUAUCAGACCAUAAUUGCGCCGGAAAAUCUAAAGGGGACCAAAAAUAUAUUGUCUGGGGCUAAGACCAUUCCACUUCCUGCUCAUGGACCAGAAAGCCUUGCGUGGGAUCCACAAGGAGAAGGCCCUUAUGUUGGGGUCGUGGACGGUCGUAUUCUCAAGUGGAGCGGCGAUGGUCUCGGUUGGGUUGAGUUCGCAUACACAUCUCCUCACAGAGGGAACUGUUCAAAGCAUGAAGUAGUGCCCACUUGUGGGAGACCUUUGGGACUUCGUUUCGAGAAGAAAACAGGAGAUUUGUACAUCUGUGAUGGUUACUUUGGUGUCAUGAAGGUUGGGCCCAAGGGAGGCUUGGCCGAGUUAGUUCUUGAUGAAGCCGAAGGUCGCAAAGUAAUGUUCGCUAACCAAAUGGAUAUCGACGAAGAAGAAGAUGUCUUCUACUUCAAUGAUAGUAGUGACAAGUAUCAUUUCAGGGACAUACACUACGUGACAAUAUGUGGGGAGAGAUCGGGAAGAGUGAUAAGAUACAACAAGAAGACGGAAGAGGCCAAAGUAGUCUUGGAAAAUCUUCUUAGCAAUAAUGGUUUGGCUUUAAACAAAGAUGGGUCGUUUUUAAUCACAUGUGAGUCUGCGACAGGCAUUGUCCAUCGAUAUUGGAUCAAAGGUCCUAAAGCCGGGACCAGCGAUAUCUUCACCAAGGUUCCAGGUCACCCCGACAACAUCCGCAGGACACCGACAGGGGACUUCUGGAUUGCCUUACACUGCAAGGAAAACCGGAUAGGGCGAUGGAUGGUGUAUAACCAAUGGCUCGGGAAAUUGGCUGAAAAGACGGUGAGUUUGAAGUUGUUGGUUGCGUUAUUUAACGGAUUUAAGCCGCAUGGGAUCGUCGUGAAAAUCUCCGGUGAGACAGGAGAGAUUCUUGAGAUACUUGAGGACAAAGAAGGGAAGACGAUGCAGUAUGUAAGUGAGGCUUAUGAGAGAGAUGAUGGAAAGAUAUGGUUUGGUUCCGUUUUUUCUCCUGCUGUCUGGGUUCUUGAUCGCAAGUGA